CCCAGCCAGGCCUACGCGACUGGAGGAAGUUUUACCUCAGUCGCAGACUGCGCCUGGCUGACAGCUGGCAGGGAGCGGAGCGACAGGAUGAGUGCCGGCUCGGACCCCGUGGUCAUCGUCUCUGCGGCGCGGACCGCCAUAGGCUCUUUCAAUGGUGCCCUGUCUACUGUGCCUGUCCACGACCUGGGGACAACUGUCAUCAAAGAAGUUCUGCAGAGGGCCAAGGUGGCUCCAGAAGAGGUGUCCGAGGUCAUAUUUGGGCACGUUUUGGCGGCAGGUUGUGGGCAGAAUCCCACUCGACAAGCCAGUGUGGGUGCAGGAAUCCCCUACUCGGUUCCAGCAUGGAGCUGCCAGAUGAUCUGUGGCUCAGGCCUGAAAGCCGUGUGCCUUGCAGCCCAGUCCAUAGUCAUAGGUGACUCCAGCAUUGUGGUUGCAGGAGGCAUGGAGAACAUGAGCAAGGCCCCUCACUUGGCUCACCUGAGAGCAGGAGUCAAGAUGGGUGAGAUGCCGCUGGCUGACAGCAUCCUCUGUGAUGGCCUUACAGAUGCGUUUCACAACUAUCACAUGGGCAUCACAGCUGAAAAUGUAGCCAAAAAAUGGCAAGUGAGCAGAGAAGCCCAGGACAAGGUUGCAGUUCUGUCCCAGAACAGGGCGGAGCAUGCACAGAAAGCUGGCCACUUUGACAAGGAGAUCGUGCCAGUGCUGGUGUCUUCCAGGAAAGGUUCUACCGAAGUGAAAAUUGAUGAGUUUCCUCGCCAUGGGAGUAACAUGGAAGCCAUGGGCAAGCUGAAACCUUACUUCCUUUCUGAUGGGACGGGAACAGUCACCCCAGCUAAUGCAUCAGGGAUAAAUGACGGUGCCGCGGCUGUGGUUCUUAUGAAGAAGACAGAAGCUGAGAGUCGAAGGCUGAGACCUUUAGCAAGAAUAGUUUCCUGGUCACAAGCUGGCGUGGAGCCCUCCAUUAUGGGAGCAGGACCAAUUCCAGCCAUAAAGCAAGCUGUUAUGAAAGCAGGCUGGUCCCUGGAGGAUGUCGACCUGUUUGAAAUCAAUGAAGCCUUUGCAGCAGUGUCUGCUGCGAUAGCUAAGGAACUUGGAUUAAACCCAGAGAAGGUCAACAUCGAUGGAGGAGCCAUCGCCUUGGGCCAUCCUCUGGGAGCAUCCGGCUGUAGGAUUCUAGUGACCUUGUUACACAGCCUUGAGAGAAUGGGCGGGACUCGUGGUGUGGCAGCCCUGUGCAUUGGGGGUGGGAUGGGGAUAGCAAUGUGUGUUCAGAGAGGAUGACCUGCUUGACAGCCAUCACCCAUGAACACUUCUUGCUAAAUCAGUGAAACACUAUAGUAUGUGAAAUCAGAGGACCAAAGUGAGGACAGGAAGCCAGGUGGUCAGCUUGCUGUACUUUAAUGAGACACCCAAGGCUAAGACAUUGCGUCUGACACUGCUAUAAAUAAAAGGGAAAUCCAAUCAAUCAGCCAUCAAGGGCUCCAGAGUGAACGGCGGCGUUUUCAUAACUUCCAUGUUUAUCGUCUUUGCUUUCUGGGUGCAAUUUUAUCAGAUCAUCGAUUUUUUUUUGUUUGUUUUAUUUUGUUUUUGUUUUUGAGAUAGGUCUUUACCAUGUAGCCUUGAAAUUGUUUUGUAGACCAGGCUAACUUUGAACUCCCAGAGAGCUACCUGCCUCCUCCUUCUGAGUACUGGAAUUAAAAAGGUGUAUGCCAUCAUGCCUGGACCCCAAAAUGACCCAUUCAAAGGAUGGUGAUUGGGGCUUUUGUUGCAGACUUCAGGCUCCUCACUUUAACUGUGGUUGAUUCAAAAGAACCCUUCUUGCUUGUUGUCUUGUGGUUUCCCAUUGAUCAAAUCAAGACCAAUCCUGUCAUGGUGAAAAUUCAGUGACCUCUUCCAAGCUGAAGUGGUGUUCUGGCCCACGAGACUGGGAUUCAAACAAGUGUAUCUCUGGGAGUAGAAAAGUGUGCAGCAGGCAGUUUUGAUGUAUUUUACUUCUCUGCUCUCGACUGGGUAAGAUGUUAUCUGCUUCAGAUGUCUGUCUUGCCUUCCCCAGAAUGAUGGGCUGCAGCCUGGAAUUGUGAGCCAAAUAAACUCCUUCCUCCCUUC